AUGGCAUCCGCUCAAUUCUUCAACUACCCUGGUACUGAAUCCAACGCCGAGCAGUAUCACUACUCUCAAGCUGUCAAGAUUGGCAACACUGUUCGCACUUCCGGCCAAGGCGGUUGGGAUGAACAGGGAAAAAUCACGACCGACCUCGAGAAGCAGAUCGCCACCGCUUUCGACAAUGUUCUCAAGGCUCUGAAGGCAGUUGACUCCCGCCUGAGCUUCGACGAUAUCUACGCAAUCCGUUCAUACCACCUCGACAUGGAUUCCAGCUUCGAUGUCAUGACGGGGCUUUUCAAGAAACUUUUCCCCAACCACAAGCCAAUUUGGACCUGCAUUCAGAUCGGGAAGCUUGGACUGGAGGGCAUGCAAGUAGAGAUUGAAGUUGAGGCUUCAAUUCCUUCUUGA